CAAAUAAGUGCAUCAAACGAGUUUGUUAAGUGCUGUAAUUCUGGUGUAAUGGAGUAGAUUCCUUCUAAUCAGUUUCCCCAGUAGGACAGCUUUGAAGAUAGUUACUGAUUCACGCUUCAAAGCCGGCUUCGAUUAUUUUAAUUUUAGUAAAGUCCGUAGAUCACAACUAUGAUGGAGCAGGAAUCUGGCCAAGAUGCAGCCGUAGUGGCUACAGCACAAGGAACAGGAAAAUCUAAGUUGGAUAACCUGUCAAAAGAUGACCUAGUGAAGUUUGCAAAGAAACAAAUGAUGCUACUUCAGAAAGCAAAAUUGAAAUCUGCAGAGUUGGAAAAAGAAAUUGAGGAACUUAAGAGAAAGUCAAGCUCUGAAUCAAACGAUGCUUUAAUUCAGGAGUUAACAGAAAGAUUUGAUGCAGUACUUCUGGAAAAGGCAGAAUGCCAACAGAGUCUCUCUUCUCUCAAAAAAGAGAAUGAAAAGACAAAGAAGGAGUCAGAGGAUGCAGUUAUGAAAAUCACAGAAUUACAGAAACAGUUGGACGACUGCCAAAACAACCACCUCAAAGAGGCACAGUCACUCAGCAAGGAAUUGGAGUUCACAUAUUCCAAACACAAGGAAGAAGUAGCAGAGUUUGAAAGAGUUGUGCACAGAUAUGAAGAAGAAAAAAGAAAUUUAGUAGCUGAGCUUGAGCAACAAAAGAGCCAUCAAGAUAUUGAACAGAGGCAUCAGGAAGAAGAAAAACAACUGAAGGAACAUAUUUUACAGCUGAAAAAGAAGUUUGAGGAUUUUGCCGAGGAAAAAGAGCUAGAAAUUAAGAGACUACAAGAAAUUAAUGAAUCUGCUUUAGCUGACUCACAGAAUGAAGCUCGGAGAUUUUGUGAAGAGCUAAAUAAAAUGAAGUCUGCACAUCUAGAAGAGGUGUCAAGACUGACAAAUCAGAUUGACAUCCUUACUGUGGAAUGUGAAAAAGAGCGGAAUGAGCAUGAUCAGCUGAUUCAGCACUUUAAGGAAGAACAGCUAACAAGUGAAAAACAGCUUCAGGAUGAUUUACAAGAUGCUAAAGAAAAAUAUGAACAGGAGUUAGUCAAGCUUAAAGAGCAGCUGAGAGAGUCUGAAGGAAAAAAAGCCAAAUGCGUUCAAGUUCAGUUAAAUAAAUCUGUGUCAGGUGGAAAAAAGGGGACUCGCAUUGAUAGUGCUUUCAAGGAAUUAGAAUCUCAGCAUAAAAUGCUAAAAGAUGAGCUCAAGUUUUUGAAUAAUGUUAAGGUAAACCUAGAGCAGGAAGUGCAGCAGAUGAAGGCUGAACUUUUUCGUGAGCGAGAAGUACUGGAGUUUAAGAUCAAGGAGAUGGAGCAAAUUAAGGCAGAUUUCUUUCAUGAACGAGAAGAGUUAGAAUUUAAAAUCAAUGAAUUACAGCUAUCAAAAGAGGAUUAUGUCACUUUGUUGGCCAAAAUGAAAGCAGAACUCCAAAGUACUGCUGAGCAAUAUGAGAUGACAGUAAGUCAACAUUCACAAGAACUGCAGCUUUUGAAACAAAGCCAUAAAGAGGAGAUUGCAGCACUAAGAAAAAGCUUACUGCAAGUUUCUGAAAAAGAGAAGCAAGAGACUUCUUUAGAAAUAGAUGUGCUAAAACAGCAGUGUGAGAAGCUUUUGCAAGAGAAGGAAGAAGCAGUGUCUAAUUAUGAGAGUAUAAGAGUAACAUUAGAAACCCUAGAGGCUGAACUUAAUGUGUCUGCAGAAAAUAUCAAGCAUGAGUUUAGAAUCAUGAAAGAGCAGCAAGCUUCAGAAAUCUUUGAAAUGCAACAAAAAUUGAGAUCUGCUUUAAAAGAAAAGGACAAUCUGCUUGAGACUGUAAGUAAAUUGCAUGCAGAAGCAGAGCAGGCAGCAUUUCGAGAGGAUCAACUUAUAGAGCUCAAACAAACAGUAAAGGAAUUGCAAGAAAAGAAUAAUGAAAUGAAAAAUUCAGUUAAUCAGAAAAAUGCUGCCUUAAGAGAUAUGGAGGAGAAGAUUACUCUGCAUUGUGCUGAAAGGGAUGAUGCCUUAGCUAAAUUAAAUGAGUCUGAUGAGAGUAUUAGUAAACUAAGAGAGCUAUACGAGAACGAGAAAGCAAAUAGUGCUGAACUUCUUCAACAGAUAGAAAAGCUUAAUAAGAUUAAUACUGAACUGAAAGAAACACUGAUCCAGUCUUCUGAAGUUCAGCAGUCCAUUGCAGAAGAUAAUUUUAAUGUCCAGAAAAUGGAGGAACUGCAAAGUAAUUUGAAUCUUGCUUUGUGUGACCGAGAAAAACUAUCCUCUGAAAUAAACAUUUUACAUGAAAAAAUGUCAGAACUCCAUGAAAGAAAUGCUAAGAUACAAAAAGACGUAAUAGUGACACAGUGUGACAGUGAAAGUAUGGAUGCUGUCAGAGAAAAGCUGGAUAGUCUAGAAUGUGAAAUGCAGUCUAUAUCUGAAGAAAGGGAUAAUACAAGAAAACUAGUUGAAGACCAACAACAGAAAAUGUCAGAUUUCAAGACUCAUAUUUGUGCUGUUCUUAGACAGGAAGGCUAUGUAUCUGCAGACGUUGCUGCUGGAGAAACCUUAGAAGAUGUUAUUGAGAUCUUGAAGGCCUCUUUAUCAAAAUGUAAUAGCAAUACUAUUGAACUGAAGCAAAGACUGGCUUAUUUAUCUGAACAAAUUCUUGAAGCUGCUACAGAGAAAGAUCAGAGUUGUCAAAAACUAGAUGCCCUACAGAUUAAACUGGAUAUUUCUUUGCAUGAAAAAAAAGAUUUGUUCUGUAAAUUAAAGAUUUUGUAUGAAGAAAUAUUGCAGUUUCGUAAACAAAUUUUCAGUCUUCAGGAGGACAUGAAGAUCAUGCAAUCUGAAUGUCAGAGGCUGGUUGUUGAUAUCAUAGCAAAAGUAGCAGAUAUGGAAAGGAAUUUACAGGAUGAUUUUGAAGAAAAGGAAAGUACAAGGAAACAGGUUAAUGGGCUGCAGCAAAAAAUGUUUCUUAUCCAAACUCAGCUGUGUGGUAUUCUAGAACUUGAAGGAUUUAUGCCUACAGAGGAAGCUGCUAGUCAGUCCCUAGAAAGUGUUCUUGAGACCGUGAAAACAUCAUUAGUAAAAUUAAGGAAGGAAAUUCAGAGUAUCUCAAUGACCACUGAUAAAAGAGUUUUACAACUUCAGGAGGAAGUUGAACAGCUGCAGAAGGAAAAUGCCAAUCAGCAUGUUGAACGUGAUUCUGUAAUAGAUGAACUGAAGAGAGAGAGGGAUCUACUGAAAGUUAGGUUGGAAGAACUUUUGGUAGAAAAGGAGGCCUUGCAAACAAACUUACUAGAAAUGAAAAGCAGUAAUGAGAAAACACAGCUUUUGAACCAAGAAUUGCUUGUCCGUAUUGAUGACAUUUCAAAAGAUCUUGACUGUGCUAUUAAAAAAAGUGAAGAGUCUACAAAGUAUGCAGAUGAAAUUAAGGAAGAAUGCCAUAAUCUUGAAGACAUUCUAAAGCAGAGAGAAUCUGAUCUUUCAGAUUUGACAGCUGAACUUGAUAAGUUAAAGGACCUUUUAAAAAAAUCAUCUGUUGAAGAACAUGCACAACAAAGCACUGUGACCGAGCUUAAUGACAGAAUUGCAAACCUAGAAAAAGAAUCUAUUUCAAAGGAUGAAAAGAUGAACAAGAUAAAAGCUGUUGCCUUAAAAACAAGGAAGGAACUGGAUACUAGUAGAAAAGAGGUGCAAUCCCUAACAGAAGAAUUGGAAGCUGUAAAGUCAGAGAGAGAUCGUAUUUCCAUGUCCCUGAAGGAGCUCAUACAAGGAGCAGAAAGCUAUAAGAAUCUGCUAAUGGAAUAUGACAAGCAAGCAGAACAGCUAGACAUGGAGAAGAAGAGAGCACACAGUGCAGAGCGUCAGGUAGAAGAUGUCACAAAGCAUUUGCAGUCAGCUAUUCAGCAGCAAGAUGAACUGACUUCUUGUAAUGAAGACCUCUUGGCUCGUAUUGAGACUACUCAGUCCAACCUUAAGCAAGUAGAGGCACAGCUUUUGGAAACUCAGAAGGCUAAAGUUGCAGUAGAGAAGAAACUGGAAGCAGAAAAACUAAUGAAGGAACAGAAGAUGAAGGAUCACAGCACUGCUCUAAAGGAGGUUGAACAGCUGCAGAAGCAACUUCAGAAGGAAAAGACAGAGCACCAGCAAACAACACAAGAACUUGAACUUGUCAAAAAGGAUGCUCAAAAAAGCACACUGAUGGAUAUGGAAAUGGCAGACUAUGAACGCCUGGUUAAGGAACUGAACCAGAAAGUAGCAGAAAAAGAUGGGAAAAUUGUUGAGCUUGUUGAAGAGCUUAAGAUACAGAAACAAAAGCAAACAACCUUGCAAGAAGAAGUCUCUUCUCUUCAAUCAUCUCUAGAGCAGUCAGAGGAACGCAGUGCUAAAAUGAAACAACUACUGGUAAAAGCCAAGAAGGAGCUUGCUGAUUCCAAGAAAGCAGAGGCAGAUCAGUUAGUUCAGCAGGCAUCACUGAAGGGAGAGCUGGAAGCCAGUCAGCAGCUUAUGGAAGACUGUAAGAUUAAGCUAGCAGAUGUGACUGCAGAGAAACACCGACUUCAGGAGCAGAUGAAAUCUUAUACAGAGCAGCACCAGCGAACAGGGAGUGCUCUUCAACAAAAAAUCUCAGCACUUCAGGAGGAAUGCAGUACAGUAAAGGCAGAGCAAGCAUCAACAGCUGCAGAAUUUGAGAGCUACAAAGUUCGAGUGCAUAAUGUUUUAAAACAGCAGAAGAACAAGUCUUCUCAAAGUGAAAAUGAUGCUUCUAAACAAGAAAGAGAACACUUGGAAAUACUGAUGGAUCAGCUAAGAAACAAGUUGCAGGAGACCCAAAAUAAUCUGCAACUAAAUGCUUCAGAGCUUCAAGUUUUACAGUGUGAACAUGAUACCUUGCUGGAACGUCAUAACAAGAUGCUUCAAGAGACUGUAACAAAAGAAGCAGAACUCAGAGAAAAGCUCUGCACAAUACAAUCAGAAAACAUGGUGCUGAAGUCUGAGCAUGCUCAGACAGUAAGCCAGCUCACAGCCCAGAAUGAAGCUCUUCGUAAUAAUUUCCGUGACCAAGUAAGGCAGCUGCAGGAAGAUCACAGGAAAACUGUAGAGACACUGCAGCAACAGUUGUCUAAGGUUGAGACACAACUUUUCCAGCUUCAGCAGGAGUCAUCUGCCGCAAGUCCUGCUGCUUCCAGUCAGCCAUUGAAGACACUGCGAGAACGAAGGACUGUUGAUGUUUCUCAAUUUGACAUGAACUCUCUAGCCAGAGAAGAAGGGGAAGGAAUGGAAACAACAGAGACAGAAUCUGUUUCUUCUACCAGUACACAAGUGUUAUCAUUAGAACAACUCCUCAACUCUUCUGAUUUGAAGCUUGAGCCUCCUCAGUGGCAACCAGAGCCUACGAAAGAAGAACUUGCACAGAAGCUAAGUAUAACUGCCAAGAGUAUUGAUCAUCUAAAUGGACUUCUCCGUGAAAAUGAGGCAACAAAUGCAGCUCUACUAGAACAGAUAAAGCUUCUAAAGAGUGAAGUAAGACGGUUGGAGAGAAACCAAGAGCGAGAGAAGUCUGUGGCUAAUCUGGAAUAUUUAAAAAAUGUUUUGCUCCAGUUCAUAUUCUUGAAAUCCGGCAGUGAGAGAGUGAGACUUCUUCCUGUUAUUAAUACCAUGUUGCAGCUCAGCCCUGAAGAAAAGAACAAGCUAACUACAAUUGCUCAUGGUGAAGAAGAAACUGCUUCCAGAUCUGCAGGCUGGAGUUCGUAUCUUCACAGUUGGUCAGGACUAAGAUAGCCAUUUAAUACUGCUGUAACAUUCCAUCCAUACACUCAAGAGAUAGAGACCUUUUUGGAAAAAGUGUCCUUUGUACUAUCCCAGUGUUUCCUAGAGUUGAUCAUUUCCUGUUGAGAGGCAGAAGAAAACAAAACAAGGAGCAUUCAAUAGAAGUUAAAAUUUCUUAGAUGCUGGAAUCUUUAAAUGCAGGUUUAGAGAACAAACAGAGCAUCUUUUGCUUAAAAUGACCACAUUCGUGGCAGUACUCACUGUUGUCAACCUUGUGAAAUGACAAAAUCAAAAAUCAUAGUGGUAUGUGCCUUACAAUUGUGGUGACAGAAAAAUCAACAAAAUAUUUUGAAGCAAGAAUUCAGCAUUAUAUAAACUUGCUUUUUUGUAAACAUAAUGACAAGUAGUAUCCCUAUGAAAAUGUCAGCUUGUGUGUGUUUUUUUCAGUGAUCAGUAUUGAUCAUCUCUUUCUUUUUGCCACUGGAUAACCUCAGAAUGCUAGAAUGUCUAGAAUGUUUCAUGUAUCGUAUGAGCUGGGUUUGACUUUCCGCCCUGGAUUCCUAGUGAUCUGUGUAAUUUUUGCUUGUUUAAUGUAUGUGUUGGAUCACAUCCAGGGGGCUGCAUUGCAGGAGUGGUAAUCACCUUUCCUGUUAACAAUUAGAAUCUAAAGUUAAAAAUUUGAAGUAGUGUGCCAACAGCGCAAUGUACAUAUCAAACACUCGUUCAGGCAUCAGACCAAAGUCCUUGGCCCCUAUAAAACUUUGAAGCAGGGCAGUUUAAGCCAGUGUCCUUUUACAUUUUUAAAAUCAGGAGAUUUCUUGUAAAUCUGAAAGCUGCCACUGUUUAUUUUUUACACUGUGAUUACAAGUAAAUUCUUCAGUACAAGUACCUUCUUACAUCAGGUGUAUCGGGUCUUACUUGGCAAGUGCCAUAUAUUAGAGUGGUUUGGAAACUGUAUCUGGAACAGUAUGUUAGGGGCUUGUCAUAUCAGCAGUAAGAAAAUAAUGCUUCAUACAUUAGAUAACUGCAGCAUUCAUUGUGUUUCACUUUUGCAGUAGUAAUUUCUUGGGAAUUCUGCUGUGGAAGCCUUUGGCAAGCCCAAAUGCUAGAGAUUUGUUCCCAUCUUCCUGGCCCAACGGACACCAUCCCCUCUGAUGUCAGGAUAGGGGAGUACAAGAGUCAUCGGCUCCUGAGAUUUUCUUAGUUCUUGCUUACCAUUGGCAUCUGCUACAACCUUUGUUGGGUGGUUCGAACCCAGAGGUAGAGAGUACUCCACUAGGGAAAUUUUUUUUCUUACAACUUUGUUUAUAUUGCUGUUAGAUGUCAGUGUGAAAGACUAAAUUUUACUUAGAGUGUGGAAAAGAAGUCCCUUAUAGAGGCUUCCACAUUCUGUGUCCAAGACCCAGAAGACCUAGUUUGGGAGCAGCCUUCUAAUGUUUGUCCAGAGCACAACGUGCCCAACUGUCCCAAGUGCGCUCAUUUUAAUUCUAGGACUAUAAAGCAGUCACUUGAAAAGUUUCAAGGAAAAGAGAAAGAGCAUCAGUGGUCCAUGUGCACAAUAACAUCCUCUGAUUAUGCUUAGUCAGACUUCUCAGAAAGAAGGAUAAUAAGAUAAUUGCUCAAGUUGGUUAGAGUGCUGGACAAUAGCAGAUAGUCCACCAGGAUUCCUUGUUAAAGGGGGAGAAACACAUUCACAGUCCACCAAUGACAGAGGGCACAGCUGAGGUCUCUAGUGAGACCAUUCUGGAGUCUACCUUGCCUUUGGCCCCUUCGACGACCAUGCAAGGCAAAGGACUUAUGGUGUCAGAUCUGUCCAAAUUGGCUUGGCAGGCUUUGGCUUCUGACUUCCAUACUAGACCUAAGAUGGACAGAAUCUCCCCGUACCAGAAAGGAAUCAUCAGCACACCGGACACAGGCUGUGGCUGCCCAUCUGUGACCUAGGCCAGCAACAACAAAUGCCAUGCCUAUGACCAGACCCAAGGCAAAACAUAAGAAGGCUGCCCCUAGACUAGGCCUUCUGUGUCUCUGUCACUUCAGGCUUUACCUGCAAGACCUGAUCAGGUUAGCUGAGGAUCUCAUAUGAGAUGCAGGCAGUUGAACCCUGGCAGGACCCCUGCAGAAAGGAAAAGGGACCUUUCUUCCCAGGAGUCUCAAAUUCCUAUGAUUCUGAUGAAGAUGAAUUAGCUUAUGUGUACCAGUUUACCUUAGGUCAAAUUCCAACUCUGGGUCAGAUGAAAACAUUGCCUCAACAAAAUGAGGGAAUCUUUCAGUUGGAAUGAUCGGGAUUACCCCAAUCUAUGAAAAAGACUAAGAGAAUUUCUUAAUCUUCUUGAGCAUAAUUCUCAGGCUAUUCCACCAGUUCUAGAGGUUAUGGAUAAUGUCAUUUAAGACACUUCCUUGCAGCUUGACUCCUGGUCCUGGGAACCCUGGCCAUUUUUUAGGGUUCUGAACUGUCAGAAGCACCUUUUUAAGAACCUUGUGUGAGAUCCUGAGUUGGCCCCCUCAGGACGCAAGGGAGCUAAAGGCAGCGCAUCUGUAUUACAUAAUCAUACUUUUAAAAGUUCAAACGUCAUAUGGUCGACACCAUAUGAUUUAACUUUCAAAAGUUCGAAAAUGUAAUAAAAAAAAGAAAGUAAACCAAAGGA